GUUCCCUCCCAGGAAUCUGACACGUGACGAUCGGACGGACGGCUCAGACUGGAGGAGCCCUGGAAGCGCCAUGGCUCGGAAGAAGCGGCCCUGUCUUCUUCCCUCCCUGCUGCUGCUGCUUCUGACACUGCUGCUACUGCCCCAGGUAGACUCUCGGUCGUUCGUAGUAGAUCGGACACACAACCAGUUCCUCCUGGACGGAUUCCCGUUCCGCUACGUGUCGGGCAGUAUACACUAUUACCGGAUACCCCGGGUGCUUUGGGCAGACCGACUUUUCAAGAUGCGACUGUGCGGCCUCAAUGCCAUACAGUUUUAUGUGCCCUGGAACUACCAUGAGCCAGAGCCUGGGGUGUUUAACUUUAAUGGCAGUCGUGACCUCAUUGCCUUUCUGAAUGAGGCAGCUAAAGCAAACCUGUUGGUCAUACUGAGACCAGGACCUUACAUCUGUGCAGAGUGGGAGAUGGGGGGUCUCCCAUCCUGGUUGCUACGAAAACCUAAAAUCCAUCUGAGAACCUCAGAUCCAGACUUUCUUACUGCAGUGGACUCCUGGUUCAAGGUCCUGCUGCCCAAGAUAUAUCCAUUCCUCUAUCACAAUGGGGGCAACAUCAUUAGCAUUCAGGUGGAGAAUGAGUAUGGUAGCUAUAGGGCCUGCGAUUUCAAAUACAUGAGACACUUGGCUGGACUUUUCCGUUCACUGCUGGGAGACAAGAUCUUGCUCUUCACCACAGAUGGGCCUGAAGGACUCAGAUGUGGCUCCCUCGAGGGACUCUAUACUACUGUAGAUUUUGGACCAGCUGACAACAUGACCAGAAUCUUUGCCCGGCUUCGGAAGUAUGAACCUAAUGGGCCAUUGGUAAACUCUGAGUACUACACAGGUUGGCUGGAUUACUGGGGCCAGAACCACUCCACACGGUCGAUUUCAUCUGUAACUAAAGGACUGGAAAACAUGCUCAAGUUGGGAGCCAGUGUGAACAUGUACAUGUUUCAUGGAGGUACCAACUUCGGAUAUUGGAAUGGUGCCGAUGACAAGGGACGCUUCCUUCCAAUUACUACCAGCUAUGACUACGAUGCACCCAUAUCUGAAGCAGGAGACCCCACACCUAAGUUUUUUGCUAUUCGAAAUGUCAUCAGCAAGUUCCAGGAAGUUCCCUUGGGACCUUUACCUCCUCCUGGCCCCAAGAUGAUGCUUGGACCUUUGACUCUGCACUUGGAUGGGAAUUUGCUGGCUUUCCUAGACUUUCUCUGUCCCAAGGGACCCAUCAACUCAUUUUUCCCACUGACAUUUGAGGCUGUCAAGCAGGACCAUGGCUUUAUGUUGUACCGGACCUAUCUGCCUUACACCGUUUCUGAACCAACACCAUUCUGGGUGCCAAAUAAUGGAGUCCAUGACCGUGCCUAUGUGAUAUUGGAUGAGGUGUUCCAGGGUGUUCUGGAACGAAAUACAAAACGUGAACUAGUUUUGACUGCAAAAGCAGGUGCCAAACUGGAUAUCUUGCUGGAGAACAUGGGAAGGCUGAGUUUUGGGUCUAACCAUAGUGACUUCAAGGGCCUGUUAGAGCCACCGAUUCUGGGGCAAACAAUCCUUACUGACUGGAUGAUAUACCCUCUGAAAAUUGAUAAGCUUGUGAAGUGGUGGUUUCCCCUCAACUUGCUGAAAAGACCACAGCCUGACAUUCCCUCUGGCCCUACCUUCUAUUCUACAACAUUUCCAAUUUUAGGCUCGUCUGGGGACACAUUUCUAUAUUUACCUGGAUGGACCAAGGGCCAAGUCUGGAUCAAUGGGUUUAACUUGGGCCGGUACUGGACAAAGCGGGGGCCACAACAAACACUAUAUGUGCCAAGACUUCUCCUGUUGCCUAAGGGAGCUAUCAACAAAAUCACAUUGCUGGAGCUAGAAAAUGUGCCUUCCAAGCCUCAAGUCCAAUUUUUGGAUAAUCCUAUCCUCAACGGCACCUCACAUAGGCCACAUUUCGAUUCCUUCUCAGACCCACAAAGUACAUAUGAACCAAUUCAAUUAAGUGGGCACUGAAAAAAAGUAAACCUUGAACCUAGGACAUGGAGUGGACAGGAUCCGUUGGUGUUGGUCAUGGCAAUCACAAGAAACCAAAGGUCAGAAUGACUCUGAAUAUAAGUACAAGUUCAGUUUGCUUGCCAAACUUUAUUGUGAUUAAAGUUCCAGACACAGUACCAGCUCCACA